ACUUGCUCAGACGUAGGAACUGCCGGCGUGCGUCCCAGAGCCUCCCGACGCUGGCUGUCCGUGCCUUUGGCAGCUUAGUGGCAGCAUGGCCACGGUGGCAGCGGCGGCCCGCGGGGCCGGAGCGAGGGCGGUGGCGGCGGGGCUGCGGAGCGGCAGCAGGGCUGUGUCUCGAGGACGACCGCGUGCGGGCUGCGCUCGGCGUCUGUGUACUGCCCCGGCUGCUCCGGCUGCCGAGGACAUGAAAAGCUACCUGUGGGCACGCUACCACGAGGCGAAGAGGAGCACGGACGAAUUGGUUCCUUCCAUCAUGAACAACUUGCUGAAUCCGGACGCCAUUUUCUCGAACAAUGAGAUGAGCCUGUCGGACAUCGAGAUUUACGGCUUUGAUUACGAUUACACCCUGGUGUUCUAUUCCAAGCACCUCCAUACACUCAUCUUCAAUGCUGCCCGGGACCUUCUCAUCAACGAGCACAGGUAUCCUGCGGAAAUCAGGAAGUAUGAGUAUGACCCAAACUUUGCCAUCCGGGGACUCCAUUAUGAUGUCCAGCGGGCCGUGUUGAUGAAGAUCGAUGCUUUUCAUUACAUCCAGAUGGGAACGGUGUACAGAGGCCUCAGUGUUGUCCCCGAUGAAGAGGUCAUAGACAUGUACGAGGGGUCCCACGUGCCCUUGGAGCAGAUGAGUGACUUUUAUGGAAAGAGUUCUCACGGGAACACCAUGAAGCAGUUCAUGGACAUCUUCUCACUGCCUGAGAUGACCCUGCUGUCCUGUGUGAACGAGCACUUCCUGAAGAACAACAUCGACUAUGAGCCGGUGCACUUGUACAAAGACGUCAAGGACUCCAUAAGGGAUGUCCACAUCAAAGGGAUAAUGUACCGAGCUAUUGAAGCGGAUAUUGAAAAGUACAUCUGUUAUGCUGAUCAGACUCGAGCGGUGUUGGCUAAACUGGCUGCCCACGGCAAGAAGAUGUUCCUCAUUACCAAUAGCCCGAGUAGCUUUGUAGACAAAGGGAUGCGGUAUAUCGUGGGGAAGGACUGGAGAGACCUGUUCGACGUGGUCAUUGUUCAGGCUGAGAAACCCAACUUCUUCAACGACAAGCGGAGACCUUUCCGGAAGGUGAAUGAGAAAGGUGUCUUACUCUGGGAUAAAAUCCACAAACUGCAGAAAGGCCAGAUUUACAAGCAGGGUAAUUUGUAUGAAUUUUUGAAGCUCACUGGAUGGAGAGGAUCCAAAGUACUGUAUUUUGGUGACCACAUAUACAGCGAUCUGGCGGAUCUGACCCUGAAGCAUGGCUGGCGCACAGGAGCCAUCAUCCCAGAGCUUCGCUCGGAGCUCAGAAUCAUGAACACGGAGCAGUACAUCCAGACCAUGACCUGGCUGCAGACCCUGACGGGGCUCUUGGAGCAGAUGCAGGUCCACAGAGACGCCGAGUCACAGCUGGUUUUGCAGGAGUGGAAGAAGGAGAGGAAGGAGAUGAGAGAAAUGACCAAAAGUUUCUUCAAUGCCCAGUUUGGGAGCUUGUUUCGCACAGACCAGAAUCCCACCUACUUCCUGAGGCGCCUGUCGAGGUUUGCCGACAUCUACAUGGCGUCUCUGAGCUGCCUCCUCAACUACGACGUCCACCACACAUUCUACCCCAGGAGGACUCCACUGCAGCACGAGCUCCCUGCGUGGUCGGACAGCCCGUCUGCCUUCAAAGCCCCUCUGCUGCAGGAGGCUCAGGCCAAGUAAUCCUGUGUUUACCUUGAGGAAAAAGCCAGAAGCAUCCGUGGCCUCACGGAGGGUCAAGUAGCCGGAGAGUUGCUUCCCAGAGUCAGAUACGCCUUUUGUAUUUUUUCUACCUUCCUGUGAAUACUGUCUUGUCCAGGUUGAGACAGGAGCUGGCUGCCUGGGGUCUCUUGGCCCUUCUCCACACAAUGGUGUUGAAACACUGAUGCGACUUUGUCUAUUGUGAAACCAUGGUGGCUGUCUGUGUUCCAUAGGUCAAGAGUAGACACUUCUUGAUUCUGUGAGACAUUUCUUGGUUGUUUACAAGCUGCACUGCGGACCGCAAGGGCAUCGUGAUCUGCAAAGGCAACAGGAAGCAGGUUGCCCUAUCUGUGGCCAGUUUCCCCCAACCCUGUCUUCUGGUCCUAGACUUUCAAAGACAUUUUCACAUAGAAAUCAACCUCCCAGAACGACUUUGUUGAGGGAGGAUCAGAAGCCUUUGUCCUCACUGUAGACUUGCUCUGUCUGCCCCAAAGGGGUGAUGGGUAGGUUCUCUCCUCCCCAUGAACGGCAUGAGGAGACAGCCAGUCGGGCUAAAAUCGCUUUUCAGUCAGUGUGUGGGACAGCAGAGAAGACAACGAACACUCAGCCUGUGUGCUCGGACAUCCAGCACAGACAGCUCCAUGCCCAGAGCCAAGCUGGGGAAUCUCUUUGGCCCUUCCCGCUCUGGAGGGAAGAAUCCUUUAUUGCAUCUGAUUGCAGUGUCUUUGAAUACACUUAAUGCUCAGGCACCACAGGAGUGGCCGCCGUUAUCAACACAGUUCUGUUUAGUGGCGUUUUCACUGCAAAUGUCACGCAAGUGCGCGUGGUCAGAUGAGCCUUGUCUCGUGGCCUGACUCAUUUUAAGACUUGGCACUCAUGUGGCGCUGCUGCUGCUGCUGCUGCUGCCACCAUAGCUGCUGCUUCUUCCCCUUCCUCCUCCCUCCCCCCCCCCCCCCACCAGGGUCUUGCUAUGGAGCCUGGGAUAGCCUUGAACUCAAUCCUCCUGCCUCAGCCUCCAGAAUGUCGUGUUGCAGGCAUGCAACUGUGGUGUGGCAUGUAUCCGUGUAAAGGAAGGCAGGACCAUGAAGGAGACUGGUGGCGAGCGCUUGCUCUUUGGCAUCUUCGGAAAUAAGUAGAUCCUAACCAGCUGUUGAGGGGCUGCUCCCUUGGCCUGUGGCGGACUGCCUGGCAGUAUGCAGAAGUUAAAUGAACUGUGUAGCGUUCACUGUAACGCCGUGUGUUAGCAUGGGAUCCGUGAUGGUGGUGGUGUUUACCAUUGUCGGCAAGGUGACCCCUCAGGCAGCCCCCCCACUUGUGUUCUGAACACUGGGGUUCAGCAGGUUGCUCCCUUUUAGAAUGGGAUGGGCAUUUUUCUGUUCCGGUCUUCCCCGUGUUCCCAUUCCCCAGUGUUAGCCACCAGGGGGUUUCGGCCGCUGCUCCGUGCAUGGAAGGCUGCGUGCUGCCCGGGAUGCCCCUACCUUGUGCUCGGAGGAGCAGAAUGAAGAAACUUCAAAAAGAAAGAAUCUUUGGUCAAAUCAUGUAUUCUGGGGCGUAGACUACUAGAUGCCAGUCCCGAGGGUUGGUUACCCAAGAUUGGGGUAGAGCUGCUUUCUUGUGCUUACAGUAGGUGACGUAAGCCCUGGGGGAGGAGGGCAUCUCCUGGGUUUGAGAAAUGAGUUUUACAGCCUAUUCCUGUGCACAAGGGGCACAGUCUUGAGGUCACCAAGCAUGGCAUACUGGGCUCAGCUGGGACGCCGUACCAGACACUCAGCUGGCAGACUGCACGCUCAAACAGUGCUCUGGCUGCGUGGGCAGGCAUGGCAUCCCUGUACGAAGAGUGGGUAUUUCCCGUGUUAAAGUCCUCAUCUAGUGAGUGCAGUUGGGACAAGUUUUAGCUUGGCUGGGGUCUGACCUCCUGCACUGGUAUCUUGUUCUUUCUAGAGUAUUCUUUUUUGUACACAUUGAGGACGGUGUAUAGGUAAAAAGGGAGGUGGGUCUUUUUUCCACCUUUAAACAAAUCAAACCAAACAGUAACAUUACUUUUAAUAUCUUUAAUUUGUAGGGUUUUGGUUUUUUUAUUGACAUUGCUUAGACUGAUUUUCUAAGAAUCAUGUGAACAAAAAUUCAGUCUAAGGGCAGUCCCUGCCAGGGUGACCAUCCAGCAAUGUCAUGGUGGCAGCAGGGGCCACUGGAGCCCUCGCACUGCUGGGCUUUUCUCAAGAGUUGGCUUUUCAGGGGAGAACUGGCCUUAAAAAUAUCUCAGGUGCUGGGUGUUUGAAGCUCUUGCUUUUCUUCCGAAGAUAGCACACCCUCCCUCCCCCUUCCCUCCCCUCCUUCCUUCCCCUUCUCUCCCCUCACCCUUUCUUUCUUCUUCCCCCUUCCUCUCCUCUCCUUUGGCCUCUGCUCUCUCCCCAUGUCUGACUGUUGUGUCCCCCCUCCUCUCCCCACCCCUCCCCGUCUUUGACCUGCUGCUGAUUUGGUCAGAUCUCAGACUAAAUUACAGGUUGCUUUGAACGAAUCAGCUCUCCUAUUUAUUGCAGUAAGGGAGAAGUGAAAAGCUCUAUGCUUCCUACCUAAUUUAGCUUUGGGCGAACCGAAUGGCUUUCCCCCUCCCCUCCGCAAGCGCCAAACACUGCAGUUCCACUUUAUCCAAAGGCUCACUUGCUGCCAAAAUCCUCCUUGGGGGCUCUUGACUAAAAUGCUCAAGAGACUGAAUUUGGUCCUGCGCAGGGCUCCCCGAUAGUUCUCGGCUUUGGGAGCCUGUCCAUUCUUUCCCCUCCUGAGGACUUCCUUUUGUUUGUUAUUUUGGGACAGGGUCUCAGUGUGUAGCUCUGGCUGGUCUGGAAGUUACUGUGCAGAGCAGGUUGGCCUCAGACGUAGAGAGGAUUAGAGGAGUGUACCACCGGGCCUGCAAUGGUUUCCUUUUGUUGGGUGGGUUGUUUUGGGUUUAUUUUUUCUUUUUCCUUUAUUCUUCUUCUGUUAUUUAUUAAUUUAUUUAUUUAUGAUUUUUGCCUUAAUAUUUGGGAGCUAGGUUCUUGAGUUCAGCUAAUGUUUCAGACCACGGCUGGGUUAAGUGAAGGGAAGAGGCGGGGCCCUUUUCUAAUAAGGGAACCGGUCUCUACUUUGCGGGCCCCUCCCACUGCUGCUUCUGUAGGGAUGGAUGGAGAUGCUGUUCCAUUGAGAUUUGAUUCUCCCACACAGGCUGUGGCUUGCUGGUUCCUGCUUGGAUGGCAUGUGGAGGAGCCUUCCAGCUUGGGUACAGUCAGUCAGUGUACGAUCUGAGCCCGGGGCGGUCUGUGUCCCCUUAGCCGCCCUGUCUACCGUGUGUAUCUGUCUCCACACGGCCAGUGCUAAGCUGUUUGCUUCACUGUGUGGAUUUAAGCUACGAGUUGUUGCCCUUUUUAUUACACUGCUGGCUGAGGACUGAAGGUGACCACCCCAGGGCGGGAGUGUGGCGGGCUGCUGUGCUUCUUGGAGAUUUCCCUUGAUGUGCAGCCCUGCCUUGGCCGGAUCACUUGCCUUUCCUGGGGGUGUAUAAUCCAUGAUUGGUCCCUGUGAAGGGAUGAGGGCCUGGUCUCUCCAACACUACUUUGGGGACAGCUCCACAGCUCCCUUCAGGGCUACCAAGACCUCCCUGUCUUUACAUUUCAGCACCCCCUCACCCCACCCCAGCUGGUCUUUCCCUUCCCCUCCGGGUGUCCAUCCCAGCAGUGUCCCUUCCUGCAUGAAGCUUUUGUCUCCAGUCUGCUCCUCUGAAAGCGCUCCUGCAUUUCCCUGUUAGUGCAGGCUUGAGCUCCAUUGCAGGCCGUCUCCUCCUCGUGCUGUGGGAUGACUGUCCGGGUGGUAGCAGGCUUGAUAAAUGCGGAAUGUGAAUUUGCUAUUUAUUCUACGUGUUGAUUGUAUAUGUUGUGAUAAUGAACUUAAAGCCAAAUAAAAGCUUGAAUUGUA